AUGUAUCGCAUUGGUGGAUUAAAGUCAGAAAGAGCCGUCUCAUCGCCAGAGGUUCAUCUCUCAUCUCCAAAGCUACAUCAUCUUCCCCAUUUUUCAGAGUCAUUAAUCACUAGAACUUCAUCUCUCAUCACCGGAGCUACAACAUCUUCCCCAUUUCAAAGCUACAACGUCUUCCCCAUUUUCAGAGCCGUUAAUCACCGGAGCUUCGUAGCUUCAUCUCUUAUCACCGGAUCUAUAGUGUCUUCCCCAUUUUUAGAGUCGUUAAUCAUCGGAGCUUCAUCUCUCAUCACCGGAGAGUUGGAUCUAGUGUGGCGUAGGCUAAUAAAUAUUGCAUUGUUAGAUGGUGAGGAGCACAUUGAGGAGGUGGUGAAGCUGAUUAUUUUGUUCUUAUUCGGUUAUGUGUUGUUUCCCCAAGGCAAUUCGAUGGUGAGAUCCUUCUGGGCUAGAUAUGUUGAUGAUUUACAACGUAUUAGUGAUUAUGCCUGGGGUAAACGCGUACAUGAAUUCUUGGUCGGUGGUCUUGAUCAGUUUGUUUCCCGUUGUGGUGCUGGAUCGAGUGGAGGAUCAUCCUCGUAUAGCGGCUGCCUAUUUGGAUGCAGCGCUGUGUUGAUGGCAUGGCUUUACAAGCACACAACGCUAUUCAGUCCUUUAGUUCCUGAUGCCAGUCCUUGUCUAUUUAAGUGGGGGAGCAUGGGUAUCAGUGGAAGCUGAAGAGAGCUGAUUUGUUGAAGAAAGCUAGGUUAUUGAGGUUUUGAACCCUACUAGCAAGGAGAUGGCCUUAGUGAAGGUUCGGUCAGAGGGUUGUGUAGGUUGAAUUAAUGAUAUUUUUUUUCUUUACAGUGGAGUCCUUUAUGUGAUCCAAGUACAUGGUAGUAAUUAACCUUUGGUGUUCAUAUGUAGUUUAUAGACCGAGGGGACCAUAGUGUGGGUGAGGAACCAUUUUCUGAUAGAGAGGAUGCUAGUCACGGGUGCGGUUGGUGUGGGCAAAAGUUAUUAUUAGCGUAGCAUACAUGUUUUGACUUAUAUACAAGUUAACUUAUUGUUAAUGUUGAAAUUUGUUAAACUACUUCUAAUUUGAUUUUUUAAGGGAUUUUGCAAAUCUUGUGUGGA